UGCACAUGUGAUCAGACCAUUGAUUUGGUACGCCUGCGAGUCUAGGAGGACUUGACAGUCCAAGCCGAGGCUUGGACAAUGCAGCCUGUGGCACGCCUGCGCGCCCCAAUCCAUUUCUGCGUCCACCCUCGCGAUACCAGACGCACAACCCGGGCCAUGUCGAGCAACGCCAGGAAAUCCGCACGCUUGGCCGAAAACGCAGCAGCAGCAGCAGCAGCGGACCUCAAGCCUUCUCCAGAAUCUCAUGCAGAAACAACUGCUCCUCCAAAAAGGCGCAAGAAUACCAAGUUACAGUCAGCAGUGGACAACAAUACCGAAGUCCCACCCACCAACCCAGAGACAGCGUCAGAUGCACCCAAGAAAAAACGAGCGUACACCAAACGGAAGACCGAUUCUGCAGAGAGUACCACAGCGAGUUCGGAGGGUAGGCCCAAGCCCAAGCGACCACGCAAACGAAAGAGCGACGACUCCGCUGUCACAACAGGAAAUGUUUCGAUUACCGCGGUGAGUGAGGAAGCGAAACCCAAGCGACCUCGCAAGACCAAGAAGAUGGACGAUUCAGUCACCACAGCGAACGAGGAGGUCAACCCCAAAGGACCCCGGAAGCGCAAGACUGACGCCCUGGACACUGCAGCAGGCGAAAAGCAGAAGCCUAAGCGACCGCGCAAGGCCAAAAAGAAGGACGCCCAGGCCGAUACCAACCCAUCACUGAUCUCUGACGAGGGUCAACCAGCGAUCACAACCCAGUCUGCUUUACAGCAUCAGAGUCCUAUCAAUCUAUCAGAUCCCUGCUCUGUGUUACCAACAGAGACAUGGCAUCGAAUCCUUGCCUUUUUGCCCCUGUCCCAAGUCGCCAAGAUUUCUUCAGUCUCCAAGGCCUGGCUGGAUGGCUCGCGUUCGCUUUCGAUAUGGAGAGCAGCGUGCGAGCAGGGCAAUCUGGGAGAACCCAAGAAAAAGUACCGGACACACAUGGCCUUAGCGUGCUCUCAAGCGAAUCGGAUUUGUGAUCGAUGUUACUGCGUUUCCCCAAAGCGUAGCCGCGCCUCAGCUGCGCCGCUACCAGUCUCGGAUGCUGACGAUCAGGAAGCAGUUUGGGCGUUGUGUCUCAAAUGUCGCCAACAGUAUUACGAUAUCCAUCCAGAGCCACUGAGGGAUAUCGAGGCCGUUGAGCAGGGCAAGAAGAAGAGAAGGAUGACAGUGACAAAGGCCUGCAACAUAUUUCAUCUCACAGACGACGAAAUCUACGAGCUGGAAUUUGAAGAACAUCGGAAUCCUCAUUACGCCUCUGCGUCGCCGAUGAAACUUUUCGACAGAUUUGAGGUACAACAAUGUGCAUUGGAGGCACACGGCGGUUGGGUCGGGAUCGAAGCCUGCAGAAAACGGCAGAAGAAAAGGGCGAAGCUGCGAAGAGAGCGAGCAGCGGACCCGAACAGAGUUCAGAAGCCAAGAGCGAAUCGCCAAAGACGACACUAAUAGUUUCAGAACGACGUGCUACAAGCCCAUGGAUAUGAAUCGAGACCCUACGGUGGUGGUCCACAUGAAGCGGACCGGCGACACGAAUGAACCUUGCUUCCAGUGCUGUGCAGUCUUUACAGCGAUAUUACACACCAUCUUCGUCUCUUUGUUUGCAGUUUCAGCACACAGCAUUACUCCAUUCUACCCCUUGCUCACAAGCUGCCACAGUGCAGCCUUGAAUCCGGUACCAUAGUUACUCAUUCACGAUAGCAUAGCAUACUACAGGCAAUAAAAACCAGC